CGGCUGCUGUGUUCAAAUCUCCGGCUGUCCGGCAGCCUGUGGCCUGGAGACUGAAAGUAAACGAAACGGACUGAAACCAGACAAAAGCUGCGAAAACACACGUACACACAGAAGAAGGGAGCCUCGGAGCGGGAUGACGGUGCUGCAGGAACCUGUCCAGGCGGCAGUGUGGCAGGCCCUGAACCACUAUGCCUACCUGGAUGCUGUCUUCCUGGCUGAAAGGCUCUAUGCAGAGGUACACUCGGAGGAAGCACUCUACCUGUUGGCUACCUGCUACUAUCGUUCAGGAAAGCCCUAUAAGGCCUACAGGCUGCUGAAGGCUCAUAGCUGCUCUACACCACAAUGCCGAUACCUGCUAGCCAAGUGCUGUGUUGAACUUAGCAAGCUCGCUGAAGGAGAACAAGUUUUAACGGGUGGAGUUCUUAAUAAACAGAAGAGUCAGGAUGACAUCAUUACAGAGUUUGGAGACUCUGCCUCCUUCACCCUCUCACUGCUUGGACACAUAUACUGUAAGACAGAUCGUGUUGCCAAAGGGUCAGAGUGUUAUCAGAGGAGUUUAACUCUCAACCCCUUUCUCUGGUCGCCUUUCCAAAACCUCUGUCACCUAGGGGAGAAGCCAGACCCUGAUCAGGUCUUUAGACUGUCUUCACUUCACAACUUCUCUGUGGCCCCACCUCCUCCUCCUGUUAGCCCCGCCCAAAACCCCUCCCACCGCCUAGACACUGCCCUGAUGGAGACCCCUCAGGACACACUGGAGUUAAAUCGUUUGAAUCUAGAGUCAUCCAAUGGAAAGCUGACAUCUGAUUCAUCAGUUUCCUACAUUGACUCCUCCCUCAUCUCCUCAGACAACAGCUCUAUACUUGCCAAUACGGUGACUAUGGGAUCAGCUGGCUCCCUAUUGGCCAAACAGAACAAACCCAAAAGUGGGCGGAAUUUGCUGGGAGGACCCACUGCUCUCAGUCCACUGACACCAAGUUUUGGUAUCCUGCCGCUAGAGCCCAGCCCAGGAGACCCCUCAUAUCUCCAGAACUUCUCUGGUGCUAUGGACACCCAGCAGACUGGAGCCAGCAAGAAGUCUGUGUCUAGGAUCAGUCAGUCCAAGUCGGUGUUCAGUCAGAGUGGAAACAGCAGAGACGUUCUGCCCAUGCCUUUCAACCAGUCACAGAGCUCUGUUCCUCACAGCAGUACUGCUCCUCAGGUCCUCAGUCCAUCUCUAGCUGCUCCUCCCAAUGUUCAGCCCAGACGAAGCACCAGACUGUUUACUAGUGCCAGUUCUACUGCCAAGGAGAAUAGUAAGAAGUUAAAGAUGAAGUUUCCUACUAAAAUACCAAACAGGAAGGCAAAGUGUAAACCCGCUAAAGCCUCCAACAGUAACCUGAAUGAUAGUCUGGACAUCCUGAAACUGGACCCAUCUCUGUCUGAGACCAAGUCUCCGCAGUACCAGGCUCUGAGUCUGCAGAGAGCAACCACAGAUGGAGUCCUGUGGCUACUAAGAGAGCUGGCUCGUGGCUACCAGGCUCUGUGUUCGUAUAACUGCAGAGAAGCCAUCGGCAUCCUGUCAUCGGUGCCCUCACACCACUAUAACACAGGCUGGGUCCUCACCCACAUUGGACGAGCCUACUUUGAGCUGGCAGAGUACAUGCAGGCAGAGAGGAUGUUUAGUGAGGUGCGUCGUAUCGAGUCCUACAGGAUGGAGGGGAUGGAGAUUUACUCCACUACCUUGUGGCACCUUCAGAAGGACGUGGCGUUGUCCGCCCUGUCCAAGGAGCUGACAGACAUGGACAGGAACGCUCCAGAGGCCUGGUGUGUCGCAGGAAACUGUUUCAGCCUACAGAGGGAGCAUGAUAUUGCCAUCAAGUUCUUCCAGAGAGCCAUCCAGGUGGAUCCAGGAUUUGCAUAUGCCUAUACUCUGUUGGGCCAUGAGUUUGUUCUGACUGAAGAACUGGACCGAGCCCUGGCUUGUUUUCGUAACGCCAUCAGAGUCAACAGCAGACACUACAACGCAUGGUAUGGUCUGGGGAUGAUCUACUACAAGCAGGAGAAGUUCAACCUGGCAGAGAUCCACUUUAAGAAAGCCCUCAGCAUCAACCCUCAGAGCUCUGUCUUGCUGUGUCAUAUCGGGGUGGUGCAGCAUGCAUUGAAGAAAUCAGAUCAUGCUUUAGAGACUCUGAACAGAGCGAUCAGCAUCGACCCCAAAAACCCAUUGUGCAAAUUCCACCGAGCCUCCAUCCUGUUUGCCAACGAUAAAUACAAGGCUGCUCUUCAGGAACUGGAAGAGUUGAAACAAAUUGUCCCCAAAGAAUCUCUGGUUUACUUCCUCAUAGGCAAAGUGUAUAAGAAAUUGGGUCAGACCCAUCUGGCUCUAAUGAACUUCAGCUGGGCAAUGGAUUUGGACCCCAAAGGAGCAAACAACCAGAUCAAAGAAGCCAUCGAUAAACGCUACCUUCCUGAAGACGAAGAGCCUGUCACUGAGGACUACCUCUAUGAAUCAGCUGCUUGGAUGUACACAAACCCGGUUACCGACUGUGGCAUAGAAGUUGUGAGUGAGUUAAUGCAGCCUGAGUUGAGCUUCGGGCAGGGAGCAGGGAUCUGGGCUAGGAGAGUUCAGCUUCGGGCAGGGAUCUGGGCUAGGAGAGUUCAGCUUCGGGCAGGGAUCGGGGAUCUGGGCUAG